AAUAGUCAUGAAUACUCCCCCAAGUUUUCUCUGAAUGAGGGAUCAAAUUCAAAAAACGAUACAAAUAACCUUUCCCAACUUAAAUUUAAUUUGCUGCAUUCUCUACGAUUUAUUUUAUUUGGUUUUCACCAAUUUGUAGUCCCAAAAUUCAGGUAGAGAAAAAAUGCAGAACGGUUCCACUUUCGAAAGGGGGUACCUUCCUAACGAGAAGUUUGAUGACGACGGAAGAAUAAAACGAACUGGAACUUGGAAGAGUGCAACAGCACAUAUUAUAACAGCAGUGAUCGGGUCAGGAGUGUUAUCGUUAGCGUGGUGUUUUGCUCAGUUGGGAUGGAUCGCAGGAACAAUCACUCUACUCUUGUUUUCGGUCAUUACUAUGUUUAAUUCGAUAUUGCUAACGGAUUGUUAUCGUUCACCGGAUCCUGUUACGGGUACCAGAAACUAUACUUACAUGGAUGCUGUAAAAUCCAAUCUGGGAACAUUUCAAUACAAGCUUUGUGGCAUAGCACAAUAUGGUGUCCUGACCGGAAUAACCAUCGGAUACACUACUACCACUGCCAUUAGCAUGGCUGCAAUCACCAAAUCUAACUGUUUCCAUAAACAAGGCCACAAUGCGGAUUGUCGUGUGCACAACAAUUCAUUUAUGGUGAUUUUCGCUGUCAUUCAGAUCAUCCUAAGCCAAGUCCCUAACUUUCAUAAACUAUCGCCGCUCUCAGUCAUUGCAGCUAUAAUGUCCUUCACUUAUUCACUGAUUGGAAUCGGUCUCUCAAUUGCAAAAAUAGCAGCUGAUGGAAUUGGGAAAACGACUAUAACAGGAAUACCAGUCAGCAGUGAUUUUUCAGGCAUGGAGAAAAUGUGGAAAACUUUCUCUGCACUUGGAGAUAUUGCGUUUGCGUAUUCUUUUUGUUUUGUCCUCAUUGAAAUUCAGGAUACUCUGAAAUCAAGUCCACCGGAAAACAAACAAAUGAAGCUAGCUACAGCCAUUGGAAUCAUGGCGUCAACUGUGUUUUAUAUGCUGUGUGGUGUGUUAGGUUAUGCCGCCUUUGGAAAUGAUGCUCCAGGGAACUUUUUAACCGGAUUUGGGUUUUAUGACCCUUUUUGGCUUAUUGAUAUUGCCAAUAUAUGCAUUGUUAUUCAUCUUCUUGGUGCUUAUCAGGUACUGGCACAACCAUUUUUUGGGUUUGUCGAGAAUUGGAGUAAAAAAAGAUGGCCACAAAACAAACUCGUCAUAAAAGAGUUCUCAGUGUGUGGAUUUGAUAUCAAUGUGUUCAGAUUUGUUUGGAGAACUAGUUACGUGAUAGUGAUGACAAUAAUAGCAAUGAUAUUCCCAUUCUUUAACGACUUUGUGGGGUUACUGGGUGCGGGUACAUUUUGGCCAUUAUCUGUUUAUUUCCCAAUAGAGAUGUACAUCUCACAAGCAAAGAUCCGCAAGUACUCGUUCACUUGGAUUUGGAUGCAAAUACUGAGUCUAGCAUGCUUGAUUGUAUCACUAGUAGCUGCAGUUGGGUCAACCCGCGGGCUCAUCACUUCAGUCCAAUCUUUCAAGCCAUUUCAGUCUGUAUCCUAAGUAACUUAAAUGAUUUCACUUUCGAAUACCAUCGUGACAUGAAUAGCAAAAAAAGGGAGUUUAACAUAAGUUACUAGCGGUAACUUUCAUUGUACAAGUAGGAAUCUGUAUUUACAAGUGUCUGUAUGAAAGAAAUCUCGUUAUAAGUAUGACGAGAGUUCUUGGUUACAUUUACAGAACUUCAGGGGCAUUUGGCAGAAAUGUAAUGAUGAAAGUCUAGCUAUUGAUGUUUUUAAGAUGUAUAUGGAUUAUGGGGACUUGUACCAUUAAUUUAGCCUUGGUGCAGUUUCAGAGA